GAAGGGUAUUUCGUAUUUCGUACUUUUCGUACUGCACUUGAUUUUCCUUUCAUUUUAAAUAAAUGCUUCAAAAGGCGCUUGUGCUUCGCAAUUCAGUGAAACGAAUUGAACGAUAGGCACCAUUAAAACCUCAAAGAAGAUAGCGAAAUAUACUACGACAAGUAGAAAUGUCUCCCCUCACAGAUGUAUCGAAUUCUGCGGACCCCGCGAAGAAAAAGUCUGGAAAGACAACGAAAAAGAGUAGGGAAGUUCUUUCGACAGAGGAAAAAAUCUUGAAUCGCUUUACUCAAACAGUAGACAAUGCGCCACCCUCGAUGAACCGAAGUCCGGAACUGAUUCCCUUGUAUAUGAAAUGGGAAGACACAAAGAAGAAACUUCGAUUGCUAGUGUCGUUGGCCACAGACUACGCUGAAACCGCGAGAACAAUGCACGAGUCGAGGUCCAAACUAGUGAACCAAAUGGCAGUUCUUUCGGAAARCUCGCCCAUCUUUGACAGCGUGGGGGAAACGACACUGAGCGGAAAAUCGCUCAAGGCAAUCCAAUCGAUCCGCGAAGAACCACCCGUCGGYAAGCGAGCAACGAUAAGCCAGAUUGUCAAGUCGUCGAUCGAAUCCGAGAGCCGAAGCAGUCUCUCGUCUUUGCAAGAGAUUGUGACGACCCAGGGAAUCAUCCAGGAACGAGACUUUCGGGCGCAGGUGAUCGACUAUGCCACAGAAUGGGAAAAAGUGGUKUCGGAAAAAGUCGAGAGCGAGCUGAAAAAGGUUCGCGCCCUGCAGGGGACGCGGUCGCACUACGAGAAAAAGCUCGAAAAGCUGAGGCAAUGGGCCGACGACCUGCAGAAAAAAGGAAAGYCAAUCCCCCCGGCCCAGGCCGAGAAGCUGGAACGGAACGAAGCCAAGCUCCUGGAGGCCUUCGAAGCCCACGAGCAAGAGGCGGGGCGCCUCUGCGUGCUGAUCGAAGAGGCAACCACGAACGGUUGGAGAGAACUGUACCACCUGGUGAAGUAUUAUUGCAAGUGGGAAUCCUUUCGAGUGGAACAAGAAAGCAACAUUUAUUCUCGGUUGCUUCCCACCACUCUGGAAUCGAUGAAGGCGGCCUUCAAGGAGAAUCCAUCGUCGUUGUCAACGAACAAGAACGCAAAGCCAUAGCCACAUCGAGACGUCUUGACGAACAAUUCAACAGUUUUCUCCAGAUACUUCGUAUUGUACUACGUAACAUCCAAUUUGGCACUCUAAUGGAUAGUUUUCAUUCUUUAUUGCAAAAGGCGCAUUUGUGAUGUUCACGCUGAAAUGAAAAUUAUUUUGAUCGUAAGUCAUGGAACGGUAUCAUUCUUGUUUGCAMCGUAUUCACUCAAGUCAUGAUAUUUGGUAUGUUUUGUACUGUAUCGGUCCUGUAGUCGUGUGGCGUACYUACCUACCGUAGUAUUGGUUGCUAGUACCAUACCAGGUACGGUACCACGCAAACAGUAGCAUACGUACCAUUCCUUGUACAUGACACAUACGUACUUCUAGUACUUAUUCUAAUAUAUCGUACUMUUGUAC